AUGUUACACUGGUUCUGUACAUUAAAUGAUGAGACAUGGCAGCACUACAGGACUUUACUGAACAAGAAGCUGCUGCGUCCUCAGCAGGCGGCAGUCUUCACCCCCCUGAUGGACGAAGCCGCCUGUAACUUGGUGUCGUACCUACGGAGGAAGAGGGACCAGGGGGGGAGGGUGACGGACUUCCAGGGACAUCUUUUCCGAUGGUCCAUGGAAUCUGGCAGCACGGCCAUGUUUAACCAACACCUUGGACUACUGAGUGAGAAUCCCCCACAGCUAGCCAAGGAUUUCAUCACUUCUAUCAUCGACAUUCUGGACACGACCAACACCAUGAUUGCCAUCCCUCCAAAAGUCCACAAAGCCCUGAACACCAAGGCCUGGAGAGGCCAUCUUGAAGGAUGGCAGACCUGCUUUGGAAUCACCAAGCAGCUGGUUGAGGAGAUAAUGGAGAGAAAGGCGGAAGAAAAAGAAGAAGAAGAAGAAAUCCCCGACCUUGUCUCCUAUCUCCUGUCAGUCAAACUGAACCCAGAGGAGGUGCUGGCAAACAUUGUUGACGUGCUGGCAGGCGCUGUUGAUACAACAUCCAACACCAUGUCUUUCACCUUGGACACCUUGGCAAGACACCCUAACAUCCAGGAGAAACUGCAUGAUGAGGUGGUAAGGUUUGCUCCUGAUCAUCAGGCGCCCGUUACACAGGAGCAAGUCCACAAGAUGCCUUACCUUAGGGGGGUCAUCAAGGAGGCGCUUCGGUUGUACCCAGUGGGAUAUAUAUUCAGUCGAAUUCUGAAUCAUGAAACUGUCAUCCAAGGGUACGAGAUUCCAGCUGGAACAAAUAUAGUGAUCUGCCCAUACGUGAUGGGGAGAGAUCCUAAGCACUUCGACAACCCUGAAGAGUUUCGCCCUGAGAGAUGGUACCGAGAGAACAGCAAGAGUUUAAAGGCCUUCACCUGGCUCCCCUUCGGCUUUGGGCCAAGAGGCUGUGUCGGUCGCCGAAUUGCAGAGACAGAGAUGCAACUGGCUCUCAUAAGGAUUUUCCAGAAUUUCAAGUUGGAACAGGAGAGGCCAGAAGAACUUGUUGGUAAAAUCAGACUAGUUCUGGUCCCGGAAAAAUCUGUGGACCUCAAACUCAUUGACCGCCGCUAAAUUUAAAAACCUGAUUCCCAGAUAUUAGUCCCGGCGAAUACUAAAGUGGGCCUGCAAGGGGGGGUCCCGACAACGCUCUACGCUGAAUUUGGAAACCUCUCGAUUACGCUUUACGAUAAAUUCCAAGUGGCUACAAUGCAUUACGUAGAAUUAAAACGGCCGAUUACGCUCUACGGAAAAGGGCUUUCCGGCCCCCACUAAAGUGCAGCAAGGCCACGCGUUGUGGGCGGGGUGGACUUCCUGCUGCAGUACUAAUAAAAAUCAAUAGAGGUCGCUUUUGAUCCAUGCGUAUCGAUCCCCCAAAGCGUAAGCGACACUGACGUUAACCAUUCUUCGAUACUCAUUGGUCACACACGCGCAAAAAGAGUAUGUUUCACCUUUGUCUCUGGUACAGACAGGUACAAAGUACUCAAGUUUACAAAACUUAUCUUAGCGCUGCCACUAAACAAAUACAGUGUUGAUACAAAUACAAAUACAAAUAAAAAACAUAAGAAAGUAAUAAUAAGGAUACAAACUUAGAAGCAUGAUAAACUUAGAUACUAAUACUAACGAGGUGUGUUGGAAUAAAAAAUUAUGUAAAGACAGAUGAUACAGUAAGAUGGAUCUUCUAAAAGCGCAAAACCCCCCGAAACCCCUAACCCUUGACGAAAUGACGGAAAUUUGCGCCGCCGUGUGACCUGCGUCUAGGCUAGCACCAUCCGAGAAUAAAAUGGUCAUCUGAGACGGCUUUAGUCUGACUUUUGCCGAGUUUAUAUUUCAUGCUACUCUUUGUCUCACCAAUAAAAACAUUUGGGUAGUCUCAAUGACCCACAUUCGAUACGUCUCUUUGUCGUCACUGUGCUGAUUACGUCACACAUAUGAUU